AUGCACGCGGUCUGGGAGUGCGCCCAGCCCGGGACGCUGGCGCGCCUCGGCGCGCGCUGCGCCGCGGCCGGCGCGCGGCGGGGCCGGCCGCGGAAGCGGUCGCCCGCGGCCGCGCCGGGCCUCGACGCCGCGGGCUUCCGGAAUCGCUGCGAGGUCGUCCUCGUCGGCGACGACGGCGACGCGGGCCUCCGGGGCCAGUACGAGGUCCGCGCCAAAGCCUUCAUCGCCAAGGGCGAGUCGCUGCCCUACCCGGGCGUCCUCGUCGGCGACGACGCGUCCGUGCUCGACGACGCCGCGGCCGCGCCGCGCCCGCUCGACGACGUCCGCUGGGCGACGUUCACCUACGCGUUCCGCCAGUCCGAGGACGACGACGGGCUGAGCCGGCCCCAGGUCGAGAUCUGGCCGACGCUGCGCCUCGACAACCCGGCGCCCUUCAUCAACGACUUCUGCGGGCCCGACCCAGGGCAGGAAAAGAGUGCGAAAUUCCCAACUUCAAAGGCUCCUCUCUCGGCCGUUUUCCACUCGCCCGACCGCGCGCAGUGGUACGCGCGGAAGAAGCGCCAGAACGUCAAGUACGUCGAGUCCGUCGACGGCGACCCGAAGACGGACUGGGGCGUGCGCAUCCUCGCGACGCGCGACGUGAAGCCGGGCGAGCGGCUGCUGGCGGACUACGGCGAGCACUACUGGGCCGCGUGGCGGCCUGUGUGGCGCCUCCUCUUCGGCGACGCGAUGCGCGCGUUCGUCGACGACGUCGGCGCGCUCUUCAUGGACCGCGGCGACGCCGGGGGCGCCUGCGGCGUCGCCGCGCUCCUGCGCUACGCGCGGGAGCGGCGCGUCUUCGCCGCGCCGUCGCGGCCGAACGACUUCCCCGCGGCACGGCCCUUCUGGCGCGCGGCGCCGCCGGACUGGCGGGCCCUCGUGGGCAAG